CCUUCCUCAGAUUCACUUGGGCGGACCUUUGGCUCUACCGGAGCUCCACCUUCAUUAUGAUCGCGCAGUACUCUCCGGUGACCAUAGCGUAUCAUUCCUCCGGCAUAAACAACCAGCAUCUUAUCGAGCAUGCCAUUUCCAUUCAAAGAGGCGUGCGUAUUAUUGGAGCGACUGGAGAAUGUUGAGCUGCACGAGAAGUUGCUCUCUUCCGAGAAGCCAGAGCGAUACAGGGAACUCGUGAGUCGCUGGUUCGCGUCCCAUCGCCGACAGAUCAACGAUCUCAACAUCGAGGGCUCUUGCGGUCUUCUCUCCACACUAUUACCGCACUGGCGAACAGAUCGAGUAUACGGGCUCCAGGCAGAUCGCCUUUGCAGGACUUUGGGCCGCGCACUUGGUUUCUCGAUUGCACGUAAAAAGCUUCUCGCGGCCUACAACGAACCGGGAGCUGGCGAUCUUGCAAAAUGCUUUGAAAGAGUGCACGCAGAAGGAGGGCCGCCUGCUAUCCCUGCUCUGACUGUCGACGAUGUUGAUUGCAUGCUGCAGUCACUGGCUGGGCAUUCCGUCUUCUCCGAUCCGACAGUACCCAGACUGCCACCUGGAUCCUCGGAGACUCGAGACAAACUCCUCAGCAAUGUCUUCAAUCGGGCAAGUCCAAUAGAAGGCAAGUGGCUGAUUCGACUCAUCCUCAAGGACUUUCGACCACUUCAGUGCGACGACAACAUUUUUCUGAAAGCCUUUCAUUUCCUGCUGCGAGAUCUGCUUCGCUUCCAGUGCGACUUUGAAGCGGCUCUGACACUGCUUAAGACAGCCUUGCACAAGUAUCCGGACACGCCAGAUCGAAGAUCGGAAGCUCUUCAUCGCAAGAGUAUCGCUGAUGCUCAAAUACUCAAACCUGUCGUCGGGACAAAGAUUAGUAGGCCACAUUUCCACAAGGGUCGAAGCAUUGACUCUUGCAUGCGAAUGAUGGGAUCGAAACCAUGGGUACUGGAACGCAAGUACGAUGGUGAGUAUUGCGAGAUUCAUAUCGACCUGCGAAGGUCCACAAACCCUUUGCACUGCAUCAAGAUCUUCUCCAAGAGUGGCAAGGAUUCAACGCGAGAUCGACGUGGUGUACACGACACGUUGGUACAGUCUCUACGUCUAGGGAAGCCUGACUGCAGGUUCAAGAAGCAUGCCAUUCUCCUCGCCGAGCUUGUUGUGUUCUCUGACCCGAAAGAUCGCAUUCUGCCAUUCGAGGAGAUCCGGAAGCAUGUACUGCGAUCAGGUGUGUCCAUUGGCGCUGAUCAAGACUCGCUGCCAAAGGCACAUGAGCAUCUCGCCAUUGUAUUCUUCGAUUUGCUGCUGCUCGACGAAGAAAUCAUCAUGAACAAACCGAUCGAUGAGCGGCGAAUAUGGCUACGGGAGACGUACAAGAAGAUUCAUGGGCGAGCUAUGGGUGCUGACUGGACGAAGAUCGACUUUGCGCAGCCAGAGAGAGCUAAAGAGCUGCUGCUGCAGCACUUCUCGAUGGCCAAUGCGAAGAGAUCCGAGGGUGUCGUAUUAAAGCCUUGUUAUGUGCCGUAUUUCUCCAUCGAAGCGAAUCCUGCGAGUUAUAGCCACAGCUACAUUAAGCUGAAGAAGGACUAUAUCGCGGGCGCUGGAGAUGAAGAAGACUUCGCAGUGAUUGGUGCGAGCUACAACGCACAACAAGCUGCCACAGCUGGCGGCAAGGCCUUCAUCAAGUGGACCACCUUUCAUCUCGGCUGCCUGUUGAAUAAGGAAGAGGUUCGCAUGUAUGGGGCGCGGCCCAAAUUCACGCACGUUGGCUCUAUUGAGCAGGAGAGAUGCAUUCCGCAAGCAGUACUGGAGACUGCUAAUGUCCUAGGAAAUCUCAGAGCAAUCAUACCUGGCUCCGCCAAUCAAGCAGCAGACAUUGAAAUCGAUGGUCCCCGCGCGAUCAAAAUGUCGGUGCUGUUCAACCGACCCCUCGUAUUCGAGGUACUUGGAUCGGGAUAUGAGAAGCCGUCGAGUUGUAACUAUCUCAUGCUCCGUCAUCCUCGCGUCAAGAAGCUGCACGAAGAUCGCGACUGGAUGGAUUGUGUGACCUUCCAGGAACUUCAGCAGAAGGGCAAAGCGUCCCGAGCUGCGCCCUCAGAUUCUGAAUCGCAAGAGAUGCAGAGGUGGAUGAACAAGCUGGAGCGCAGCUGCAAGAAGAAGAUCGAGAAGGAGAGUCUGUCGGGGUCGUCCAGAUCGACAGUCUCUCCGACUUCGAGGACGAUUGGCAAGCCAGAGACUUCAUUGCUGGACACACCAACUAUGAGGACGAGCUUUCCCAACACUAGCACCAGUUCGGCAAUCAUAUCAUCGUCAGCCAGGCGCCGUUCUGAGGUACAACAUGCUUCAAGCAGAAAGAGAUCGCUGACAGAGGUCUCAACGCUGAGUAGCCCGAUCAAGCGAGUCUGUCUGGAGAAGCCCAAGCCGAGCUUGCAGCCAAGGUCGAAUCGAGUGCCUUCGUCGCCUUUGAGCGAGAUUACUAACAUAGCAAAUGGUACUGCGCAGCCACAGCGUCCGAGCAAACCGCAGCAGAUCUCCUCUCGGCCUGUCGUACCUGCCAGUGCGAUCAUGAACACUGUUGCCCCUGUCACUCAUCUGCCUGAGCGAGACGCUCAGCACUCACAGGCAGAUCGUGAUCGCUCACAAUCACGGUGCGCACGAAGCAGCAGGUGCCCAUUCCGAGAUGCUGUGGUCUUCCUCACGCCAUGCAUCGAAGCGACUCCGUAUAUCGUGGACAACUUGCUUGGUUCGCACCACGCUACAACUACACCAGCACUGGCGCACUGGGACCGCAAUUCGUUCUCGCACGCGGCCCUGUCGCAGAUUGUCUCAGAGAGUCAGUCACAUCAAGAUAUGCGCAAGAUUGUUCUUGUGGAGAGUAGGCGGACACGGGCUACGAGAGAGAUGCUUCGACAGAUCCGAGGAUUGAAUGAGGGGAAGUUUCGAGAACGCAUCGAAGUGUACGAUUGGAGGGUUCUGGAACUCUGUGAGGGACAUGAUCGAGGGGAGGAGAAGUUGAAACUGCAUUUUCUUGGAGCUACAUUGUUUGAUGAUACCCGGGAGCGUACUUUGUUUGUUGGAGAGCGGGAGUGGGUUGGUACGGCAUAGCAUUAGCAUGAGAUCUGACUAUUUAUGGAUUGCAUAUUGGACACCA